ACAAAUUCAAUGGCCCGGAUCAGAUCAGACAAUACCCAUCAUCAGAACUCGCCAGUUGGCCAAACUAAUACCUUUUUUUGUUCACUUUCACAGUUUCGGUUUAGUAAAACUUUUGAGAGAAACGGAAAAUGAUAUCAGCCCAAAAAUCUAUGGCUGCUUUGAUCUCUUUCUCUCUUCUUCGUAAUUAUGCAACGACUGGAAGUAUUGUUGCAAGUGUGAGAGCCCCACCAGGACCCUCUUCUUAUCCCAGCUUCAUAAAUUUUCUAACUGCAAAUCACUCGCGCAGAUAUCUAUGUCGUGCUAGUGCUACAGAUGACGAAGAGGCUGCGGCGAAGGCAGCUGCAAUCAUUGCUGAUAGUGGAGCUCCAACCAUAUUUGACAAGAUCAUAGCAAAGGAAAUUCCUUCAACCAUUGUGUAUGAAGACGAUAAAGUCUUAGCAUUCAAGGACAUCGAUCCACAGGCUCCUGUUCAUGUUUUAGUCAUUCCAAAGUUUAGGGAUGGACUGACACAGCUUGGAGAGGCUGAACCAAGGCAUGGAGAAAUACUGGGUCAACUUCUUUAUGCUGCUAGAAUUGUUGCUCAAAAAGAAGGCAUUCUUGAUGGGUUUCGAGUUGUUAUCAAUAAUGGUCCAACUGCUUGUCAAUCAGUUUAUCAUCUUCACUUGCAUGUCCUAGGUGGGAGACAGAUGAAAUGGCCGCCUGGUUAAGUAGUUGUAUGCUGAUGCUGAAACUUUUAUGUCAUUUCCUUUGUGCUCUCUAAGUCUCUCUUCUUUUAUAUCCUCAUUUCUACCGUUUGAAGCGGCCUAAUGUACUUUGAAUCUAAAACUUUAAAGAGAUGAGAAAUUUGCCCUUUUUUUUUUUUGUUUUCA